AUGAUGACUCCCCCAAUGGAACCGGCUUCCCCUCUUGACAGUGGCAUUCGCAAACGUGUCUGCAAGGCUUGCGACCGGUGUCGUCUCAAGAAGUCCAAGUGUGAUGGUGCCACUCCAUGCUCCAGGUGCAAAGCAGACAAUGCCAUUUGUGUGUUCGGGGAACGUAAGAAGUCACACGACAAAGUGUAUCCUAAAGGUUAUGUCGAGAUGCUCGAGAACCAACAGGCUCAGCUCGUGACUGGACUGCAAGAGCUGUACAAGCGCAUGCAGAACGGCCAGGGCUGGGAUGGCUCACCUCUCAAAGAGACGAGCAACGGAGUCCCUUUGACACACGAUAUCCUGGAACACCUGGGUGCCCUGCAGCAAGAUGGCCAUAACACAACAGAUGCCUUCGAGGAAGACCUGAAUGCGCUCCAACAACGACUUGUCGCAAGCGGCGCUGGCAUGAUGCAAAGAGAAGCUUCACACGAUGGCAGUUCUGAGUCCGCACCCUCACCUGUUUACGACUCUGUGCCACAGAAGCCACACUUCACCAACCCGUUUGGCCUGAAUCAAUUGCCACCCACACCGCCCAACAGAAGCCCAUAUCCACAGUCAGCACGUACAAUGCAUCCUAGCAAAGCCAACACCUAUCCCCAGACCGUGCCGCACUCAAACCUCAGCUGGACUACCCCAGCACCUGAUUUUGACGACGGCAUGGACUUCAUCAAUCAAUACGAUUCCCCCAUGGUCGAUCCGUCGAUGGAUAUGAGUCAAUUCCCGGCCCACAUGUUCCAAGACGCAGCUGCCAUCAACCCCUUCUACACCAUGAAGGAUUGGUCUGGUCAGGACGACCUGCAGCGAUACGUCAACCCCGCCAUGAUCUGA